AUGGACAAUCUCGGUAACUAUCGGCCUAUCACUCUACUGUCGGUCAUGUACAAGCUCGUCACCAAAAUCAUGGCUUCAAGGCUUAAGAAGGUGCUGGGCAAGGUGCUGUCUAAGGAGCAACAUGGGUUCUUACCUGGAAAGAGCUUGGCUGACGCAGUGUCAGUGGUUGCGGAUGCGGUGGAGGUGGCGAACAGUGGCGGUAAAGACUGGCUACUGCUGCUCGUCGACUUCCAGAAGGCGUAUGACACGGAAUCGCGGGACUUCUUGUUCAAGGUUAUGAAGGAGCUUGGAAUCCUGGAUAGGUUCAUCGGCUGGACCAAGGGCCUACAUGCAGGAGCAGGAACAAGGGCGAUUAUCAACGGAUGGCUAAGCGACAAAGUGGAAAUGGACAGAGGGGUCAGGCAGGGGUGCCCCCUGGCGCCUUACCUGUUCCUAUGCGCGCUGGAGCCGCUUUGCAGAGAGACGCUGCGCAGAGGCUUGGGAGUGGGCCCGCCUGGAGAGACACCAAUCUCCUACGUGGGAUAUGCGGACAACACGUCUUUCCUGCUAGAAGGGGAGGAACAGCUGCGGAAGGUGGUGGGGGUGUUAGACACUUUCAGCAAGCAGUCAGGGCUGAAAGUGAAUUACGACAAGUCCGUGGUGUUACCGUUGGGGUGUAACAGAGGAACCAUGGCGCCGACAGGCAUACCGUACAAGUGGUCGGAGAGGGGCGAGCUGGAACGCCUCCUCGGUGUGUGGAUAGCGCCAAUUGGUAACGCUGGUCCAUCUUGGGAGAGGGCUUAUGAGAGGAUAAAAGAGGAGCUUAAAAAAUGGGAGUCGCAGUACCUCACGACAACGGCGAGGGUAGUGGUUAUCAGCUGCUAUGUCCUCCCGGUAUUAAUGUUUCAGGCGCAUGUGUAUUCGCCGCCAGACGAGCUGUGGGAGAAGAUAAGAAAGCUCUGCUACGCCUUCGUCUCAGCUGGGGAGGCAGUGGAGGAAAAGGUUUUCAUUCUCUGGAGUGCAUACCUGGCAUGUCUUCCGCGACAGGAUGGGGGAUUGGGCCAACUCGACACAAAACUCUGUCUCGACAGGUUGGCAAUCCACAGAAUUGGCAAACUGCUGAGGGAACAGGAUGGAGCGCGACGAUGGUUGGCGGAAAAGGCGGCGAGUUUCCCAAAAGGGUGGGCGACGCUUCAUGCACACCCGUCUGCGAUUAAACGAUGGCAACAAGGGAGUCAGAGAUGGAAGGCGGCGGUCAAAGUCUUCUGGAAGUCGCCCCUUGCGUCCCUGCCGGAACCUGCGAGCAGAUGGGAGGUGGAGGGGCAGUUCAUCUGUUUCAACCGGUACAUCAUGCACAGAGGAAAUAACCCUUUUGGGCACCAGUUGGGCACGGAGGAUCUCCUUUGCACGCAGAUACGCGACUUGCUUACCGACGGCUUGAGGGGAAGAAGGGUGCUGAAGGAAGAAGCGAUACUAACUUCGGAGUUGGGAUCCAAGGAGGCGGCGAUCAUGGCACGCAAAGCGUAUGCGGCAACGCCGCCGGGGUGGAAAAAGCUGGUUGAGGAGCCGGUGACACCAGAGGAAGUGGUGGCGGUGUCAGGGGUGGUGAAGUACAUCCUUCGGGGUGAACCUGCGGGCCCCCCAUGGGCAGUGAAGGGCAUAGACAAGGGGGGAGUUCUUGCCUCGUACAUGGUAAUCGGUGAUAACGGGAUGCUUCUCGCCCCGGCAAGGAACAGGGAGACCUGCUUCGAAGCAUGCCGCCUGCAGCCGUUAAUCGUCCAGGAGGGGAGGCUGCUAGGGCAGGCGGGUGACCCGAAGGCUAAGCUGUUGUCCUGCUGUGGGCUGUUCGAAGAGGGAGGACUGGCGCCUCUGCGUAAGAUACGGGUGACGCUCACCAAAUCGGCGGGGCGUUCGUGGGGGCAUACGGAGUGGGAAGAAGGGUGGGGCAAGAGGAUUGACUGGAAAAGGGCCAUCAAUACGCGGGAUUCAAUCAGUGUCCCACUCAAAGCGAGGGAUGUGUUGCUCCGGAUACACAGCAAGAACCUCCAGGUGGGGGGGAGGUUAGACUUCUUUCAGAACCAGAUCAGCUGCGCGCACUGUGGGGAGGAGGAAACCCUAGUCCACUGUCUCUACAGUUGCCCGGCCAUUCAGCCAGUAAUUGGCGCGCUUAAGCGCUCGUUGCGCAUGCUAAACCCGGUCAGACAAGUGGACUCGCUGGAUGACCUUCUGUUUGGAGAAGGGGGGACAGCGUCAGGUUUUCCGGAGAUUACAUUGACGGCGGCGGUGUUACGACAAAUUUGGCUGGCAAGAUGUAAUGCAGUUUGGAGGGCUGAAGCUUUCGAGCGGAAGAAAGUGGGUCGCGAUGCGGUGCUGGAUUUUAUGAUGCAUGCGAGGGUGGUGCUGGCAACACGUGGGAGAGGCAAGGCCACGGGUGAGGUGGAUUGUGAUAUACGAACAGAUAAAUGGCGACAUGUGGCAAAGGAUGAGAGGGAGCAACUGCAAGGAAUCUGCAACGUGGAUGGUCUUGCAAGCUGGUCAGAUCAGUUUCUGUCCAUCUGGUGCCAUGGGGGGACAUGCGACACCUCAUUGCGGUGUAGCAUAGGCCCUCUAAGUGGAUAUCGUCUCUCUCGCGGGGGUAUGCCAUCACUGCAUAUUCUCUCCUUUAGUCCUCCUCCCCCUCUUCCUCUCCUUCAAUCUCUUCGUACGCAAGCAGCGCGCGGUACCUCAGAUCCUUAG